GCUCCUACAGUUUCCUCGUCACACGUUUCAUUCUCAUGCUAUCUCCACAUCUCUCUCCAGAAAUCCCAGAAUGCCUCCCAAAGUCAGCGCCUUCUGCACCAUAUCACUCCUCCUCCUCUUCCUCGCUCUAACCUUGGCUGGCCGGCCGGAACCUCAGUAUUCAGAUAUAAGCUCUUUGGUGAAAACCCAACACAAGGUGAAGGAGUUCCAAGCUGAGGAGAGUGACUACGAGGGAGCUGGGGAAGAAGAGUGCUUGAUUAGAAGAACUCUCGCAGCUCACAUCGAUUACGUUUACACCCAGAAAAGCAAUCCAUGACACCAAGUGUUUUAAUUUCCUGAAUUUUCUUUUGUAAGAUAUAUAGUUUUUCUUUCGAAUUGUAUGAUGUUUUAUGAGAUAUCUGUGUUGUUUUAUUCU